UUCAACUCAAGGAGAGUGAAGGUCAUUAUCGUAAGAGAGAUAAUGGCUCCAGUGAGUGACCAGUCGCUUCCCGAAGAGACUUUUGUCAUUUCCACGGUGGUUGUCGUUGUUGGUGGUGCUGGGGUAGUGGUGUCUGGUGUGUAGCUUUUUUUUUUCUGCUUUCUUCUUUCUCUGUUGGUGAGAAAAUCUUUAAUGGCCGAUCUCGCUAUUCAUUGAUCUGGAUUAAGUUCUCUAUCUGAGGUGAAGAAGUGCAAAUUCGAAGAUGUUGGACGGAAUUUUAGGGCGAGGUUUUGCAUCGAAAUGCAAAUCUUUGAUUAAGCAGGUCAAGAGUCGGAUCGAUGUGAUAAGGAGGAAGAGGAAUGCGACGGAGAAGUUCUUGAAGAAGGAUAUCGCUGAUCUACUCGCUAAUGGCCUCGAUAUCAAUGCUUAUGGAAGGGCAGAAGGACUUAUAAAUGAAUUAACCCUUACGUCUUGCUAUGGCUUCAUAGAGCGAUGCUGUGAUAUUGUGUCGCAACAUCUUUCGAUAAUGCAAAAACAAAGUGAAUGUAUUGAUGAAUGUAAGGAGGCUGUAUCAUCCCUGAUGUUCGCUGCUGCAAGAUUUCCCAAAUUGCCAGAGUUGCGUGACCUUAGGGAUGCCUUCCAAGAGAGAUAUGGGAAUUUCCUGGAAUGUUUUGUGAAUCAAGGGUUUGUUGAGAAUGUAUCUUCAAAGUCUUCUACAAUGGAGAAAAAAGUGCUGCUAAUGCAAGAUAUUGCAACAGAGUUUUCAAUAAAAUGGGACUCAAAUGCUUUUCAGAAGAGAAUGUCUAAACCUCCUUUAUCUGCACAGGACCAACCUAAAUAUUAUGGGUCUCCAUACACACAUGAUCAAAAAAGCCAGCCAAUCAAUGGCAAGAACGAUGCCUCAAGAGGAGUCAAUCAUGAUGUUUCCUCCAAGGACAGACCAGAAGAUAUCGUUGAUGGCAACCGAUUGCACCUGCAAGGAGAUCUCCCCAGAAGAACCGACUUGAACCUUCAGUUUAAGCAGGAAUUCUCCAGCAAUGGAUACAAGCCACACAAUGGUAGGGAAGAAACUAUAUUGAAAGGGGGUGAAGAUGAGAUGUUAUUUCAACAAAGGAGAGAGGUACCUUCCCAGAGGAAUGAAAAUUUGACUGGGAAUGAAGAUUCUACCCUGAAAACAAAUAGAGCGGGUUGCUCAUCUCACAGGAGAAAAAAGGAAUCUAAUAGCGGAUUCAAGCUGCAUGAUUACAGGGAUAAUACUACCUCUGAUCGGGAUGGCCAGUACACUUCACCUUAUGCAAAGCCAGACAUGUCAUUUCAAGAAAGGAGAGAAGUUCCUGUAGAGAAGCACGCAAAUUUUAAUGGGAAUGAGGAUGCGGCUCUGAAAACAAACGGAGUACGUUCAUCUCACAGGAAAAAAAUGGAAUCUGUUGAAGGUGAACUCAAGUUGCAUGAUUACAGGGAUAAUAUUGCCUCUAAUAGGGAUAGCCAGUACUCUUCACCUUAUUCAAAGCCUGAUACUUUUCCUGAUUGUGCCGGAUUCAAGGGCAAGGGGGUAGACCUUUUUUCCGAUAACAACAAUGUUACACAAACCAAUACUGCUAAUCCUGGGAGGGAAGCUCAGGUGGAUGAAGUGCAAAAGUUGAAGCCGUAUUGCAGCUAUGCCCUUCCUCCUCCUUAUGUUAAACCAAAUGUUAAACCCAAGGAUAGUAAAUAUGGGACCACUUUAGGCUUUUUGGAGGCUGGUUUUGAUGAUAAUUUGGUGACAAAAGUUCCUUCUGCAUAUAAUGCGAUCAGUUCUGGGAGGAAUAGGUCAGAGAGGAUUGAAGUCGGUUCGAAUAAUCUAGACAAGGAGAGGCAUGUCAUUGGACCUGCAAGGGCUAGCAGUCAUGGUCUUGAAAAAGAUCAUAAUCCGGAUGAUAGCAGUGGUCACCCCUUUCCAAAGCCAAGAUCUUCUAGGAGGAGACGCCCAAAAUCACGGUCUAUUCAUGAAGAUGUUGGGGAUUUGGAAGAUCCUGGGGUUGUAAAGAGAAGAUCAAGAAGCAGGAGAAAGGAUGACUCAAGACGAGGUCUGCAAGUCUUGUUUGAUGAUGAGCAUGAUCAAAAUGAUGAAGAGGAAAGGAUCAUUGAUAAGCUAUUGAUACAUUACAGUAAGAAACCAUCAGCUUAUGAUCCAGGUAGGGUAAGAAGAAAGUCAAAAAGUCAUGCCCAUGAACAUGAUGGCAAAGAUGUUGAUAAAUCCCCAAAGAGUAGAGGCAGAGAUGGCCCAGAUGAGAUGCCAGAAGCUGUUCCUCCUGUUCGCUCAGUUUCCCUCCCACGUGAACCAACAGGUACAUCAAAGGCUACAAAGGUGUUCUCUCGAGCUGCUUCCUUUCAGCCUGAUCGGUCGAACCCGGCUAGACAUGUACAUCCCAAGUUACCAGAUUAUGAUGAUUUGGCUGCUAGGUUUGCAGCUCUCAAGGGGAGGUAAAUUUGGUCUCAGUAGUAUUUCGUGUCAGUCAGUCAAGACUAUGCUCUAAUUAUCAUUGAUGAGUGCUCCGGUAAGUCUGACUUGGCAAUCUGAUUCAGUUUCAUACUAUUGUUGGAGUGUAGCUUCGACUUUCUCACAAGUAUUAUGUACCCUUCAAGUCAGUUGAUUUUAUACUGCUUGAUUCUAUAGACAAAUUUUACGGUGAAUUGAUGGAAGUUCAGAUAGACGAAGAUAGGAUUUCUAAUAUGAGCUUCAUCUUAUGCAAUUGAACUCUUUUGUCACACUUACUGAUAUUUGUUACUAUUGAUUAUUCUUUCUUUU